AUGUUUGAGUUUCACAUGAUGGGUUAUGGCAAUUUGGGGCCAUUUCUGGCAUUUGCUUUCUUCCACUCCAUCUUUUUCUGUACUGUUACUCUUCUGAAUGCUGCUACAGCUUCUGGGAUCGAUGGCAACGAGACGAAUUGCCAGGCCUUGCUCCACCUCAAGUCCAUGAUCUCUAGCGACCCACUCGGGGCUCUGAGCUCGUGA